AUGACUUUGGAAGAAAAGCUCUCGGAUCUACUGGGAGAAGAGACAAUAAAGUCAAGCUCUAUGUAUCCGGACUUUUCACUUAGUCCGACUAUCCCACCGCGUCCAACCGGAACUGGCGAAGAAGGUUCUAGAGGCCAAACGGAAACCAUGUUAAAUCCGCUGUGGCCAAAGCUCGAACUCGUGAUGGCGGGCAACUCAGUCGAGGUUCCUUUACCACCAGACUACGAGGUCCGGAACAUGUUCCAGUUCGAUCUCUCUAGAGUUGAGAUACCUAAGACACUUGGUAUCUUGGACUUGAACCACAAUGGGAUCAUAGGGAGUAUCCCGGUUCAGUGGACUGGAACUCCUCUCCAAAUCUUCAAUGUUAGCUACAACAGACUGUGUGGAUGCAUCCCCACUGGAGGGAAACUUCAGGAAUUUGAUUCUUAUUCCUAUUUUCAUAAUAAGUGUCUAUGUGGUGCACCUCUUGAUAGAUGCAAGUGA